AUGGCGCUCAUCGUCGACAAACACAGACCUCGGUCACUGGAUGCCCUGACAUACCACCAGGAACUGUCAGAUAGGCUUGGUUCGUUGGCGCAAAGCGGUGAUUUCCCCCACCUUCUGGUAUACGGUCCUUCGGGCGCGGGCAAGAAGACGCGCAUCGUCGCCACGCUGAAGGAGUUGUAUGGACCAGGCGUAGAGAAGAUCAAGAUCGACGCACGAGUGUUCCAGACGUCGAGCAACCGCAAGCUCGAGUUCAACAUUGUCGCCUCCAACUACCAUCUCGAAAUCACACCUUCCGACGUCGGCAACUAUGACAGAGUCGUGGUUCAGGACCUUCUGAAAGAGGUGGCGCAGACACAACAGGUCGACCAGUCGGCAAAGCAGAGAUUCAAGGUUGUGGUGAUCAAUGAGGCGGACCACCUGACAAGAGAUGCGCAGGCGGCUCUGCGUCGGACGAUGGAGAAGUACUCUCCGAACCUGCGAUUGAUCCUCCUUGCCAACUCGACGGCCAACAUCAUCGCCCCUAUUCGAUCGAGAACGCUGCUGGUCAGAGUUGCUGCCCCCAGUCACGAGGAGAUCUGCGAAGUCCUGGCCGUAUCGGCAAAGAAGGAGAACUGGCCCAUGGUCAAGGGCUUGCACAUGAGGAUAGCACAGGAGAGUGGCAGAAAUCUGAGACGAGCUCUUCUUAUGUACGAGGCAGUUCAUGCCCAGAACGAGAAAGUUACGGACAGCACACCGAUCCCGCCUCCAGAUUGGGAGGCGCUCAUCAGCCAGAUUGCGAGGGAAAUCGUCGAAGAGCACACCCCGGCCCGGAUCCUUCAGGUGCGGGCGAAGCUGUACGACCUCCUUACGCAUUGCAUACCGCCAACGACUAUUCUCAAGACCCUCACCUUUAAGCUUAUCCCUCUAAUUGACGAUGCCCUCAAGGCCGAGGUGAUCAAGUGGUCAGCGUUCUACGAGCACAGAAUCAGGAUGGGCACCAAGGUCAUCUUCCACUUGGAGGCCUUUGUGGCGAAGUUCAUGAGAAUCAUGGAAAUGUACUUGAUGAGCAUGGAUCUGUAA